UCUCUCUCUCUCUCUCUCUCUCUCUCUGCACACACACGUUUAUGUUCCUCUGCCGCAGCCCAGCCAGCCCAACCGUCAUCAUUAGCGGUGGACCGUGAAAGGCGUGCAGUGAGGGUGUCAAGAGCAGACGACGCCAGUGUGGUGGCGACUGGUGAGCGACACGUCCUCUGUGCCACACCGCUCCUCGGCCCUGUCACAAGCCUGCCAUGCAUGACUGACUCGUGACUUGAUCGCCACAUCUGGCAGUGGCAUAAAUGAUGAGCACUGGACAGAGCCGAAAGGUAGAGAUGAGAGUACACAUUCAAGUCCUGCCACUGACACUCAGGUGACAGGCUAGGAAUGAUUCUCCUGGUGCAUCGGUGGCUGCUGGGGUGUCAUGUGGUGUCCUUCAUUGCCUGCAUCACUAUCCACACCACCAACACGCCUCCCCCAGAAACACCAAUGCUCAGCCCAUCAAGCAAUUCCCACUCAUGGAAUCUGUUUGGCCGUCCCGGUGACGGCUAUUACACCAGUGUGGAGAUUGGCACUCCACCACAGAAGUUUCUGAAUUUCCAGUUCAAUGUUUUGGUGGAUACUGGUAGCAGCAACUUUGCCAUAGCAGCAGUUGCACAAAAGGAACUUGACAGCUAUUUUGAAGCUAAGAACUCCUCAAGCUUUGUUGACCUGGGAAAGGAGGUUGAGGUUGGCUAUACGCAGGGCAGCUGGAGUGGCAGACUUGGCAAGGAUGUGGUGCUGUUCCCGGCCUUGCAGACAGUCACCACUCCUCAUCUCGUGGACCUGGUGCUCAUCACCUCUUCACACAAUUUCUAUGUUAACAACUCACAGUGGCAGGGUAUUGUUGGGCUGGCCUUCCCUGUGCUGGCCAAGCCGCAGGGAGCAGUGCAGCCCUGGAUAGAUGGAGUCAUCCUCAGGGAUAAUCUGACAAAUGCCUUCACUCUUGAGCUGUGUGGACCAUCAAGAGAGGAUGGCUCCUCCUCCCACCAUGGCAGAUUGACACUUGGUUCUGGCAGUGGCAGCUGUUCCCCUGGGUCAGUGAGCUGCCCCAUCAGACGGAAGUGGUUUUAUGAAGUGGUUGUGACAGCUCUGAGUCUCCAAGGAAAGGAAGUUAAUAUUCCAUGCAUCAAGUUCAACACUGACAAGACCAUUAUUGACUCAGGAACAUCAAAUCUCCGUCUGCCUCCAGAGGUUUUCAAAGCAGUUUUGAAAGAAUUACAGCAGCUGGCAUCAGGAGAAAUUAACCCACCUCUGCCUGAAGGAUUUUGGUCAGGGAAUGAAGAGGCUUGCUGGCCUGAAAGCAGCAAGAUGUGGUUGAACUUCCCAAAUCUCACUAUCCACCUAGCCACUGGUAAUCAUUCUGCCAUUACCAUCACUGUGGGACCCAGGUCAUACCUGCGGCCGGCCCCAGACAGUGUGGCAACAAGUCUGCUGGACUGCUGGGUACUGGGCAUUGAGGAGUCACACACUGGAACUGUUCUAGGUGCAGUCAUUCUGGAAGGCCUGUGUGUGACAUUUGACCGAGUGCAAGGCAUCAUCACAUUCUCAGAGUCAACAUGUGGACCAUCGGUAACCCUCAGCGAAACACAUAACACAGAAGAUAUGAGUGUGUGCAUGUACAUCCCAAAAAGAGUUGGAGCCCUGACACUGGCUUCUUACAUCAUGGCGGGCUUGCUGGGCCUCCUGUCACUGCCCCUGGUCCUUGCUGCCCUCAGGUGGGCAUGGAAUACAGCACGCAAGUUGCGUUUAAACCAAGGGAUCCCCUUCACAAUUUUAGAUGAGAACAACACCUGAGAGGAAAUUAUUUUAGGUGUUGAUUGUGAGGUAGAAAAUUGUACAUUUUAUUUAUUUAUUUUCUACUUGAAAAUGCUAAUUCUUAUGGUGGCUUUCCUAACAAGUGAAUGUUAGACAGUUUUCCAUGUGUAAGUGGAAUGGUCUAUUGGUGGAUGGGAUUGAGUAGCUUGAGUAAGAGAUGUAGGCUAUGUAGGCAGGAACUUGAUUGAUUCAAAUGGCCUAACAUCUUGGUAUCAAAUUUCAUGUCAUCUUCAGUGGCCAUAAAAAAUGUUAAGGUAUUAAGAUACAGAAAAGUGUGAUAAUAUAUUUUUGGUAUCAAGAUAUAUAUAUAUAUAUAUAUAUAUAUAUAUAUAUAUAUAUAUAUAUAUAUAUAUAUAUAUAUAUAUAUAUAUAUAUAUAUAUAUAGUGGAGCCACAAUACUCAAAUUUUACUUAAUAAUUAAAAAAUAUCUGGUAGUCGAACAUCAGCACACGAGGCUGUAAACAAAUGCUCCUGGCCUCUCCCUUCCCCCUCCCAUCUGUCAGUUGUCCCGCUGCAGUCGUGAGAACAACAUUCUCCUGCACUUUCUACUUUUUCAUUUAUAGAUAUUGGUUGUCAAACUUUUUGAUAGUUGAACUUUUUGAUACUCCAACAGCCAUUUGGAACGAUGUAAGAUUGAGUAUUGAGUGUCCACUGU